AUGGCUGGAGGUGGAGCAAUUGCCGCGGCCUCGAACCGUCGCAAGAACCUGGCAGGCCCAUCUGGUUGGGCCGGCCUGCUUGCGAACGCCAGAGUCUUCGCGAUCGCUAUCUUCGCCUCGCUAGGUGGUUUGUUGUAUGGGUACAACCAGGGUGUAUUCUCCGGCGUGCUCGGAAUGUACUCUUUCGACCAGCGGAUGGCGUCAGUGGUGGACAAUACGGGGAAGAAGGGCUGGUUUGUCGCUAUCCUCGAGCUUGGCGCGUGGUUCGGCGUGCUCUGCACUGGGUACUUGGCCGACAGAUUCUCCCGAAAGUACACCAUCGUUGGGGCCGUUAUCGUUUUUUGCAUUGGCGUCAUUGUACAGACCGCCGCAUUCCACCCGUCGUCUAUUUACGGAGGCCGGUUCGUCACCGGUUUGGGCGUCGGCUCGCUGAGUAUGGCCGUCCCACUCUACAACGCGGAGCUCGCACCUCCGGAGGUGCGCGGCAGUCUCGUCGCGCUCCAGCAGCUCGCGAUCACGUUCGGUAUCAUGGUCUCUUUCUGGAUCGACUACGGCACGAAUUACAUCGGCGGUACCACUACUGGCCAGAGCGAGUCGGCAUGGCGAAUCCCGCUUGCCCUUCAGCUUGUGCCCGCUGUCAUCCUCGGCGUCGGCACCUUGUUUAUGCCUUUCUCGCCUAGAUGGCUUGUCAACAACGGCCGUGAUGACGAGGCGCUCCAGGUGCUCAGCCGUGCGCGCCGCGCGGCUCCCAACUCGGACCUCGUUCAGAUCGAGUUUUUGGAGAUCAAGGCGCAGUACCUCUUUGAGAAGGAGACGGCAGCUCUCAAGUACCCGGAUCUCCAGGACGGAUCGUGGAAGUCGGACUUCAAGCUCGGCCUGUACGACUACAUCAGUCUUCUCCGCUACAGGCCGCUCUUGUACCGUGUGGCCGUCGGCACGUUGACGAUGUUCUUCCAGCAAUGGACGGGUGUCAACGCGAUCCUGUACUACGCGCCGACCAUCUUCCAUGACCUUGGUCUGACAGGCAGCACAAAUUCGCUUCUCGCUACCGGUGUCGUUGGUAUCGCUAUGUUCCUCGCGACGAUUCCCGCCGUUAUCUGGGUCGACCAAGCCGGUCGCAAGCCGGUCCUCAUCUCGGGAGCGUUCCUCAUGGCGGCAUGCCAUUUCAUCGUCGCUAUCCUCUCCGGGCUGUACGAAGACUCCUGGCCCGCGCACCGUGCGGCCGGUUGGGCUGCAUGUGCACUGGUGUGGAUCUUCGCCAUGGGCUUUGGGUAUUCGUGGGGGCCUUGCGCUUGGAUUGUCGUCGCCGAGAUCUGGCCGCUGUCUGUGCGCGGCAAGGGCAUGUCGAUCGCCGCGUCGUCCAACUGGAUGAACAACUUCAUCGUGGGCCAGGUCACGCCGACUAUGAUAAGCAACAUACGCUUCGGGACGUUCAUCUUCUUCGGGGCGUUCUCGUUCCUGGGCGGCCUGUUCAUCAUGUUCUUCGUGCCCGAGACAAAGGGCCUGACACUCGAGGAGAUGGACGAGAUCUUCGGCUCCGUAGGCCUUGUGGCGGGCGAGCAGCAGCGCCUGGAGGAGAUCGAGAGGCGCAUCGGGCUCGACGCGUACAACGAUCCCGACCCGAACCGCGCUGUAUCGGAGAAGAGGGAUUCGGACCUCAUCGAGAAGGCGUGA